AUGCAACAAAAUGAGCCCUAAUAAUCUUAAAAAUCAUUCAAAUACUCAAUUAUUUGUUAGAAUCCAAUUCCAUAAAGAAAUAGAUGGUAAAUAUGCAUGGCAAUAAACGAAUCAAAUUCAAUUUUUUUAUUUUCAGAAGAAUUAACAAUUAGAGUUUUUUAAUUUAACAACAAAAUGGGCUUAAAACAUAUCUAAUUACUUAAUAAUAAUAGAACUUCAGCUUUAAGCUUUUUUCCCAAACAAUAAGAUUAGUUUGUUACAGGUUCAAAAUAUUCUUCAAUUCUCAUUUGGUCCAAAUAACUAAUUUCAAAAGCUAAGUUUAUUUAAAAAUUAUCAGGGCAUAUCAAAGGAGUUAGUUGCAUAAUAUUUAAUGUUUAGAACACCCUUAUAGUCUCAGGAGGCGAAGACUCAUAAAUUAAAUUUUGGACUCCAUUUAAAUCAAAUAAAGAAGAAUAAAUAAGAAAUAUAUCGGAUUAAUAAUGGCACUGUUAGUAAACAAUAAAGGACUUCAAUACAACUAUUGCCACUUUGUCUAUUAAUGAAUAAGGAAAUAAGUUAAUCUCAUGUAGUACUAAUUAAAAUAUUUUGGUCAUCCAAAAAUCGUCAACUACAUAAAUGUGGGUAGUGAUUUAAAAAAUUAAAACCGAAAUGUGGGGUCGUUAACUAUAGUUUCUUAAUGAUAAGAACUUUGUAUUUCUUCCUUAUGAUGGAAAAUAAUUAUAUUUAUAUAGACUUAAUUCUGUAAAUAAUUACACCAGGAAAGCUAAUUUUUUAGUUUCUAUGGGAUCCUAAUAUUAUGGCAUAAAUCCUUUUUAUUUUAAAGAUAGAAAUAUACUCAUUCUUUAGGGAACUCUUUUUUUAAGCUGUUUUAGAAUAAAAGGCAAUAAAAAGUAAUCAUUUAAAAAAAAAGAAAAUUUUGAAAUUGAAAAAGAAUUACAAAUCGAUUUGCAACAUGGUUUCUUGAAGGCAAUUCUUAGUCUUGAUGGACAAUACUUGAUUUCUUUGCAUCAAAAUUAAUCUGAAAUUUAAGUGAGGUAAUUUUAAGAAAUAUGA